CGACUUGGGAACGUGGUCACGUGAGAGCAAUAACUUCCGGCGGAAAGGGAAGCCGGUUCCGAGUUUUGCCGAACGGCUGCGAGGGUCCUGUUCAGAGGCCUCUAUGAAGUUUGCUUAUCAGAGAAGGCCCACAUGUUCAGUGGAUGAUGGCAUUUGGGCAGAUACCAAAAAAGGAUUGGUACAGCAUUCUGGGAGCAAACCCAUCUGCAAGUAUGGCUGAUCUAAAACAAAAGUAUCAAAAACUCAUAUUGAUGUAUCAUCCAGACAAACAAAGUACAGAUGUGCCUCCAGGAACGGUGGAGGAAUGUAUACAGAAGUUCAUCGAAAUUGAUCAGGCGUGGAAAAUUCUAGGGAAUGAAGAGACAAAGAAAGAGUAUGACCUGCAGCGGCAUGAAGAUGAUCUAAGAAAUAUGGGACCAGUAGAUGCCCAAGUAUAUCUUGAAGAAAUGUCUUGGAACAAAGAUGAUCACUCUUACUCUCUGAGUUGCCGUUGUGGUGGAAAAUACAGUGUUUCCAAGGAUGAAGCCGAAGAAGUUACCCUGAUUUCUUGUGAUACAUGUUCACUAAUUAUAGAACUCCUCCAUUGUAGCUGAAAUUGUUCACUAAAUAGACCCUUAACUGUAUAUUCAGACAUGUUAAGGAAAGUCCAUUCCAACUUUAUACAUUCAAGCAACUGUAAAGCUGAUAAAAAAAAGGAAACUUUGUCAGCUCUAUUAUUUGCAAAGAAAAUGUAAGCUUGUCAAGCAAAGUCUAACCCACAUUAAUAGAAAAUAAAUUUAGCUCUGUAUAUGUUUACUAGAGACCUGGUGCACAAAAUUCGUGCCUAGGUAGGCCUCUAGGCCUGGCCAGCGAUCAGGGCCAAUCUGUGGAGCGACUGGCAGGGCAAUCGGGGAGGUGGGGGCCUGGUGGCACCCACCUGGCUGGCCUGGGGCCUGGUGAGUUGGGGGCAGCUCCUGCACAUCAUAGCGACUGGUCGUUCCACUGUUCAUUUGAUUUGUAUUUUAGGCUUUUAUUAUAUAGGAUAAUUUAUAGAUUGCCAAAAAAAGAGACUUGAAUUAUAAGUUAUUUAUAGAAAAUUCCUAUUUGAGAACUUUAUAUCUCCUCUUUUAAUGGGUCACAAUAUCAUCAUAUUCCUUUAUAGUUACUAAGUUUCUGAGGUAACAUGACAUUUCUUGCUGUCAAAGUUGUAGGUCUAUUGUAGAACUAUUUUCAAAUCUCAGGUCAUUAGAGUUAAAUUACAAUCUGUGUGAAUAAUAUGUGAGCCUAGUUCUCCCAACUUGAAGACUGACUAUGGAUUAUUCAUGAGGUUAUUUCAAAGUUAAUAAGGAAGACAAAGUUGGGACUGCAGAAGGAGGAAUAGCUUUGGAGAAAAUGACUUCAGUCCUGCCACUGUAUUUCCAAAGCCUUCAAGUGAUUGUAUUAAAGGGAGUAAGGUUCUUGAUCGCUGCCAUCUUCACCUUUAAAUAUAAUUUAGGAAAUGGUAGCUUUAGAAAAAAAAUUGAAACAAAUGCAUUACUUUCUUGUUUCAGAGUGCUAAAAUACAGUAUGAAUGCCUAUAUUUAGGAAUAAGGAACCAAUGCACUGCUAGUGUAAUGAAAUGGGCUUUUAUAAUGUAUCAUUAUUGAUUAUAGUAAACUGUAAAGAUUUUAUUUUUCUAUAUAUUUAACAUUCUAUGUACAGUGUAAUUCAGAAACAAUAUGAAUUUUAUUUGAAAAUGUAUCCUUUAUAGGGUCACUAAAACUUUAAAUAUAUACAUAUAUAUUUUUCAGUAAUUUUUUAUUUCAGAGAAGAAGGGAGAGAGAGAGA